AUGUGGAUGGUGGAGGGCAAAUCUGAAGAGCUCCAGGGCCUUCAGCCCAUUGGAAUGUGCAGCAAAGAGACGGCCAAGCACAUCCUCGACGAAGGUUGUGGAGAGGCACUGCUGCUAGCCUAUUGCAAGGACUUGAAAUCAGAUUAUGAAUCCUUUCAGAAUAUCAUUAUUCUAUAUGGUUCCUCAAUUCAGCAUCAUUAG